CACAGUGAACGGACGCGUUACAAUGCAACGAAAUCGCAUUGAAAGAACAGCGUCAAAACGAUGGCGGGGCUCAGUACGACGAGUUAUUGCUUCUUCCGUUUAUAACCUUUCUUGUUUCACACACGGCUGCAGUACGGGCUGGGUAUCAGGAGUACUGGGGAACGAGGCGCUCACAGGAGGUGCGUGGCUCGCCGCACUGCCUUGCCUCGUUGCUUUGCCCGCGGCACCAAUGUUCGCGGUACUAGCUGAUGUAAAGGGGAGGAAAGUGGGCGCGCUGUGUAUAGGACUUAGUUUUAUUAUAAGUUGGUCGCUAGCCGCAUGGUGCGGGGCGCGGGGAGUGUGGGUCGCGCGGGUCGCCGCGGGCGCGGGAGGCGCGGGGGCGCUCGCGUUGGCCCCGCUAUACUGUGCGGAGAUAGCGCCCAGGACGAGGGGACUCGCUGCUAUGCCUGCUUUGGCUUGCAGUUGUGGAAUACUCUUCGCCUAUUUCGCUGGUGGGAUGCUGUCAGCGCACGCGCUAUCUCUAUCAAUGGCAGUUCCUCCUCUCCUGUUGUUGAUAUCGUUGCUAUGGUUACCGGAGACGCCGUCGUUUCUUAUAAAUGCGGGGAAGAUACAGGAAGCAGCAAAAGUAAUGUGCUGGUUCGACGGUUCGGACUUCCGGGAGGACCUCACUGACGUCAUCGAGCAGCAGGAGGUCCGUAUUCGUACGUCGGACUAUGGGCGCCGUGACGUCAUGCGAUACGACUCCGACACGUUCCAACCAAUGCUGAAGAGGGGCAGUGGUCUGGAGUCCACGUCGGAUAAACGGAGUGAAAGGAGUGAGAAAUCUGCGUGUAGGGAGCUGUUCCGUCACCGUCGUUCCCGUCGUGCUCUCUUCUCUUGCUUCGUGGUUAUCGGCGCAGCGGCUGGCAGCGGCGCCGGCGCUGUCAACAGCUUUGCCGCCGCAGUACUGCGUCACUCUGCGCAUCAAAUACCAGUGUUGAACGCGACGGCAUACAACUUCUCUAUAUACAACGGGACCUUACCACGCCACCUGUUUGAAACGUCAGAAGCUGGUUCGAUGUUGUGUGGUACCGCUUUAGUGCUGGGAGCAGCAGUUGCCACCAUCACUGUCGAUAAAGUUGGUCGAAAAACUUUACUACUCUGGUCGUGUUCUGGCAUUGCAUUCUGCUUAGCCAUUCUGGGCGUCUACUGCGAUCCACAUUUCCAAAUAAACUUCUACAAACACCGGUUAUCCUACAAGAAAAUCACCAAAGAUAAAAGUAUCAGAGAAAGAAUAGAGAUUCCCGAAAAUUUAACUAUAUACAAUGAUUCCUUUACAAAUGACACUAAAGCCUGGUACAGAAUUGGUCUAGAAUCUAAUACUACAGAUGACUGGAAAUCUGUUAAAUUCGAACACAGCAUAGAGAAAGAAGACUUGUCAAUAUGGCUGCCCGUGAUUCUACUGUCUAUGGUCUUGUUCUUAUACAAUAUAGGCCUUGGAUCAGUGCCUUAUGUGUUAAUAUCGGAAUUAUUUGUAGUUAAUGUAAGAAGCCUUGCAUCAAGCUUCCUCAUCACAUGGAUGUGGCUUAGUAACUUCUUAGUUCUCCGCUACUACGGAACCAUCGCUUUUUCCCUUGGUCUCCACGCUACAUACUACAUCUGUUCAUCAAUUACACUCCUAGGAGCAGGAUACAUUUAUCUAACCCUGCCAGAGACUAAAGGAAAAUCACAGAGCCAAAUAGAAGAUUCCCUGAGUGGUCCCUGGUUGAUACCUUUAGGCAGAAAGAAGAACGAACGAUGACAUACACCAGAAGUAUUUACUAUCUCAGAGAGAAGUGAAUAGAUAAAUUGGGCAUAGAUUGUGUUUCGGGAUUUUUAGUCCAAAAAUGUUCAGAUUAGGCAGGCUAAGAAUAUUGGUUUUGUGCCGUUUUGUAAUUGUGGGA